AUGAAAACCAAAAUUGUGUCAUUAUUUCUAAAAAGAGAGCAUCUUAUUCUAUUAUCAAAAAUGCUUUAAUUAAGUGAAAAUGUUAUAGAAUCAUAUGGUCAAAUUUAAAAAAUUGAUAUUCAUAACUAAUAAAGUGAAAAUAAAAUAUUAAAAACUGAAAGAUGGCCAUAAUCAGAUUUAGAAUAUUUUCAAAACAACUUUUUAUAAAUUGCAAAUUUAUCAUUUUCCUACUUUAAAAUGCACUUUCCAGCAAAUUCUGCAAUUCAUAUCAAAGACCACAUUAAAUUUAUUUAGAUUUUAAAGUAAAUUAAUUAUGGAGGUGUUACUAUUGAAGAUGUUUUCAAGCAAUAGAGAGUAUACUUAUAAUCUUAAUCUCUAGUUACGUCUUCAAUUAGAGGUAACUAAAAUAACGAAAGCAAUUAAAACUAUAGAUGAACCCAUUAUGCCUAAAAUAAUGAAUAACAAAAUAGAUAUCUUAUCGAUAUAAACUAUCUAAGAUAAAUAUUUUUAUCCAAAGAAUUAGGAUUUCAUGAAUCCUUAUUUAAUACUUAAUUUAAAGAUGCCAAUGACAAAAACAACUGCAAGACCUAUUAAUAAAGAACUUUAUUAAAGUAUUACAAGUUUGGAAGACAUACCAUCUUUUUAAUUUAUGAAUUCAACUCUCAUUUAGCCUAUUCUCAAUUAUGAUAUACUAAAAAAUUCAUUUGAUUAUAAAAUGAAUAAACUUAUGUUAAGAAACUAACAAAUUUAAUACACUAUUAAAAGAUAUUAACAAUCAAUAAAAAAUUAUGAUGAUAUUGAUGAUAAUAUGCAAGAUAAUUCUCUUAAAGAAAUUAGAAAAAUAUUUUGUUUAUCAAUUAAGUAGAUUUAUGAAACAAAGAUUAAAGAAGGUAUUGAUUAAACUUCUUAAGUUACAAAAACUUAAAUGGAAGAAUAAAUUUCACAAAAAUUUAGUUAACAUAAAAAAGAAAUAUUUAAAUAAAGUGAAUCAAUUCUUCAUAAUUCUAUUUAAGAGGAUGAAUAACAAUAAUAUUAAGAAAUUUAAAAAUUAAUUAAUUGUAAUUAAAUAUCUCGUGAAUAAUCUCCAAAUUUAUCUAAUAGCUCACCAAAGUUGCAUUCAUUGAGAUUGAGUCCAUAAGUGUUAUUAGAAUCAUCCUAUUAAUAAACAUUAUCUUAAAAAUUGUUACCAACAGAUGAGUCUCAUUUAUAAAACUAAAGCUCUAUAAAAAUAGUUUUGAAAAAUAAAAAUUCUUUUAAAUCUUUAGAUCUUUAAUAAUCUCUUAUUCUGAGUCCAAGUACUUUAAGAUUUCCUAAAAAACUAUUUGCAUAUUAAAAGUUUGAAACAUUUAAUUAAUAAAAUAUCUAAAGUAGCUAAAAUACAAAAAUAUAAUUGGAUAUUCCAAUUUAGACUUCAGAAAAUUAAGAAUAAUCAAUUGAAACUCAAAAUAUAGAAAUAUAGAAACUUAAUUUAACAAGUAGAAAUAUACAAAAAACAUCUCUGGAUUUUAUUCCAUAAAGACCAUUAGCAGUUUAAUCUAUUAGAUUAAAAAAGUUAAAAGAUAAAGAUAAAAGAUUUGAUAAAAAAGAAACAAGUUUUCCUUAUGUGAAAGAAUCUUUACCAAGAGUUUAAGAAGUAUUGUUAUUUUAAAAAAAUAAUACAAUGAGAAAUCAUUUACAAAAUCAAUUAAUAUUAUUAACAAGAUCUGAACAAAUUUUGACUUCAUUAAUGUCAAAUGGACAAAUUCGAGGAACAGAACUAUAUAAAUAAUUAUUAUAACCAAUAAAAUUAACAACCAGUUAAAAGUUUUUGAGUCCAAAAAGCAAUACAUUAAUAUCUAGAACAAAAUUUAAAAAGAUAUAGUAAGAAACAAAGAUGUUUAAUUUAAAAUGA